AGUACGAGGCGGGUGAGCCCACAGGGAAGGUCGGGGAGGCGCGCUCUCCACAUACCUCUAUAAUCCUACCCAAAUAAUAGAACGGUGGGUUGACAUACUCCCACCAUCUAGAAGUGACACACAGAAAUGCAAUGGGGAGUAACGAUAUUAUCAAAUAAUUAACCUAGUCACUACAUUAACCGGCACAGUCCAUGGAUUAUAGGAGUGAAUGUAUUAAAGGAUAAAUAGGAUUCUGGGGGUGUGGCAACCAAAGUGCUCAAGGGAAGAAACUGUUACUCGAACAUGAAUUGCGAUAAAAGUAUUGUGCAAGAAGAAAUGGAAGACAUUCAACAAACUUGAGUGUUGUGUUGUGCAACGUGUAAAUACACCCAAACCACAGCAAGUGGUUAAGGCAGCGACCAAGUGACCAGAGUUGACGUAGUGUAGCCACCAACAAGUCGUUCAUCAAGAUGUCCGACAACAUGGAUGACGAGGAGCAGUUUAGGAUGAGCCACGCGGGGCUGCUGGCCAGGAGUGCCGAGGGACAUGCCGCCAAGGGCAUGAGGAUAAAAGACCAAGAGGACAUGUGGGUCGAGAUCCAGCAUCACACCUUCAGGAACUGGGUGAACGUGCAGCUGAGAGACACGGGCAUCAGGGUGGAGGACCUGUCCGAGGACCUGCACGACGGCCUGGCCCUCGUCACCCUGGUGGAGGUGCUACAGAAACGACGCCUCCGGAAGGUGAAGCGGGUGUUGAACCAGCACCAGGCGCUCGAGAACGUGACCACCGCCCUCAACGCCAUAGCAGACGAUGGCAUCAAGCUCGUCAAUAUCGGCAAUGUAGACAUCGUGAAAGGGAACUUAAAGCUGAUCCUGGGUCUCAUCUGGUCACUCAUCAUGCACUACCAGAUCGGCCAGUCCAAGUUCCCGCCCAAGAAACUCAUGCUGGCCUGGCUCAAGGCGGUGCUACCAGACUGUCGCAUUCACAACUUCACUUCAGACUGGAACAGCGGGGUGUACCUGAGCGCCCUCCUCGACUACUGUAAACCCGGCCUCUUCACCGACUGGAAGACGCUCAACCCCCGCAAAUCGGUGGAUAACUGCAAGAACGCCAUGGAGAUCGCCAAGGCAGAGUUCAACAUCCCUAUGGUGCUGGACCCGGAGAUCCUGGCCUCACCCUACCUCGACGACCUCUCCGGCAUGACCUACCUCUCUUACUUCAUGAAGGAGGGCGGCCCAGGUUAUAAGGCCACCCUUCAGUGGGUUCAACGUCAAUUACCCGACAGGAAUAUUAAGAAUUUUACGACCAACUGGAACGACGGCAUCAACCUCUCGUCGCUGGUGAAGCAACUGGGCGGACCUGUGCCCGGCUACAAGAAGUUUUCCCCUGAGCCCAAGAACUGGGAGUCCAAUAUCCAGAUAGCUAUCGACGGCGGGAGAAAACUUGGGGUGGAGCCGGUGUUGGCGGCGUCAGACAUGGCACGACCAGAUGUGGAGUACCUGGCUAACAUGGGCUACAUCGCUUACUACCAGUGGAUCCGCCCGAGGGACUGUCCCUCAGACACGAUCGCCGUCAAGUGUGACCUCGACAACGUCAGAGUCAACAACCCGGUGCCUUUCAAGAUAGAGUUCCUGACGAAGGAAGUGGUGCUGAGCGAGAUCGAGGUGCUGGUGAACGGCCCAUCUGGUCCCAUCAGAGUGGACUUAGACCUCUCCCCCAGAGGUGGCAGGGGAGCCUUCAUCCCAGAAGAAGUUGGCAUCUAUGAGUUGACUGUGAUCAACGAAGGAGAGGUGGUAGAAGGUUGUCCUGUGAAGGUGCGGGCGCUACCAGACGUGUCCAAGAUCAUGUUCUCUGGUAUUGACCCCUGCGCCCUCGGCUCCAUCGUUGAGGUCCUGAUCAACAGUAAUGGUGCUGGUGGUGGAGACAUCGAAGUGACAGCUUACUCUCCAACCAACCGCCCUCUGGCAUGCCCUGUCAAGGUGGAGGACGGGGUGUAUGCUGCCACCUUCCAACCAGAUGAGGCUGGUCAGUGGUCCAUCGCUGUCUGCUAUGACGAUGAGCACAUACAGGGUUCUCCCUUCACCUGCCAUGUGUAUGACCCACACGGACUUAAGUUAUACAACCUGGAUGAUGGUCCAGGAUCUAGCCCAGGGAAGCCCUUCACCUUUGUGGUAGAUGCCACCAAGUGUGGAUGGGGGGACGCAAAGGUGGAUGUAACCCAGGGUGGUCGCUCACUGCAGGCCAAGACACUGGAAGUGGAUCUCGGCAUCUAUGAGGUGACCUUCACUCCCACUGAGGCUGCCAAACACAAGAUCUAUGCCUACUUCAAUGGUCAUGAAGUAAAAGGUUCACCAUUCUCCUUGUACUUGGGCAUUGAGAAGCCACCUGAGAGGAAGGAUUCAAAGUCAAAAAAGAAGAAGUCAUCCAACAGAGAGAAUAAAGACCCAAAGAGCUCGAAGGAAAUUGUAAAGGAGUAUUCAGGAUCAGCUCUUGUCAACUCCCCAAGGCUUAGCUCAUCAAACAGCCCUGACUCAACCUACAAGUCAACGCUCACUAAGACUUAUGAUUCAACACACAAGAGCUAUGAUGCAACACACAAGAGCUAUGAUUCAACACACAACAAGAGCCAUGAUUCAACACACAAGAGCUAUGAUUCAACACACAACAAGAGCCUUGAUUCAGCACACAAUAAGAGCCUUGAUUCAACACACAAUAAGAGCCAUGAUUCAACACACAAUAAGAGCUAUGAUUCAACACACAACAAGAGCUAUGAUUCAACACACAACAAGAGCUAUGACUCCUUGAACAAGAGAUACGAUUCACCAGUCAAUAAGAGUUAUGAUUUACCAGUCAAAAAGAGCUACGAUUUACCAGUCAAUAAGAGUUACGAUUCACCAGUCAAUAAGAGUUAUGAUUCACCAGUCAAUAAGAGUUAUGAUUUACCAGUCAAAAAGAGCUACGAUUUACCAGUCAAUAAGAGUUACGAUUCACCAGUCAAUAAGAGUUAUGAUUCACCAGUCAAUAAGAGUUACGAUUCAACAGUAAAUAAGAGUUACGAUUCAUCCAUCAACAAAAGCUAUGAGUCAGUUCACAACAAGAUCUAUGAUUCAUCUCUCAAUAGGUCUCAUGACACCAGCCACAAUAAGAAUUAUGAAACAGUGUUGCAUAAUACCUAUGAUGUUCCUGUAGUGAAGUAUGAUUCUACUCCAAGUAAAAUGUUUGAUUCGUCGGUGACAAAAAGCAGUAGCAACACUUAUGACUCCAUCAACAACAAGUAUGUUAACUUUGAGUCCUCCUCUGUCGUCAAUAGGAGCACUGUGUAUGACUCAAGUUCCAAGAAACUCAGUAGUGCCUACGAAUCAAGUCCACCAAAGAUCUCCUAUGACUCGGCUCCAAAGAAGAUUAGUACUUAUGACUCGAGUCCCCCAAGUCCCUCAAAACUAGACUCAAGUUUCAACAGAAGUCCACCAAGUCUCAAUUCCAGCUAUAAUAGAAGCAGUGCCCUUGAUUCCAGCUUUAACUCCACCUUCAAUACCUCCACCUCAACAGUUAUAAAUACAGGGAUCACCACCAACAAGUCCUCCUCGGUGUUCACCAAAUCCUCCAGUCCUGCCAGACUCCACUCUCCUGGUCCCCGCAAGUCUGCCUCCCCUUCACCACCCCCACCCAGGGCACUCCGAGCCACCAGCCCACUAGAACUGCCCCGUGCUUCACCAAUUCGCUCUAUCAGCCCACCAGUGGCACCGCCAGAUAACCUGAAAGGACUUUCCUCCCCUGCCAAGGUUCUUCAGAUUGCCCAAAAUGCUGCUAAGAAUUCUGAAGCGAGACGGCUAAGGAACCUUCAAGGCUCCUCCAAGCUCAGAACGAGGACCUUGAUCGUCAACAAAGACGAUGCCUCAGAUCCGGGUGGGUCGGUUGAGGAGCUGCCCCCUAAUCCCCGCCUCUCCUCUGAGCAAAGAUCAGCUUUACUCUCGAGUGAUGAGCGCUUCACCACCUCCACCAACAUCAACACCGCCUCCAAUGUUGCCUCCACAUCCUCCUCCACCUCAGUCACCAACACCACCAUCAGGAGGAUGGAAGAGAAGAUGACCACAUUAGGAGAGAGGCGUGUAACCUCGAGUGUGCCUCUGGGGUUACCGCCCGAUGGGAGGAGAGGCACCAGGGGAGACCAUGCCCCCACCUCAGGUCUUGAUCACACUCUCAAUGUCAGAAGAGACCACGCCCAAAUCGGGGAAGACCACGCCCACACCGCUACCCUCGACCAUACCCUUAAUGUCAAAAGAGACCACAUUGGAGAAGAUAACACCUAUAGUACUGGGAGAGACCAUGUUGUUAAUGUCAAAAGAGACCACAUUGGAGAAGACCACACCCACACUGGGAGGGAUAGUAUUAUGAAUGUUAGAAGAAACCACACUCAUAUUGGGGAAGACCACACCCACUCUGGGAGAGACCAUAUUGUUAAUGUCAGGAGAGACCACACCGAGGAAGAUCACACCAUCAGUGUCAGAAGAGAUCGUGCCUUUUCUGGAGAGGACCUCAUCCACACUGGGAGAGAGGACUACACCCACACUGGGAAAGAGCACACACCCAACAUCAGGAGAGAGAGAGAACAUGCCCACAUUGGUGAUGAUCACACCCACACUGGGAAAGAGCACACUCUCAACAUCAGGAGAGAGAGAGAACAUGCCCACAUUGGUGAUGAUCACACCCACACUGGGAAAGAGCACACUCUCAACAUCAGGAGAGAGAGAGAACAUGCCCACAUUGGUGAUGAUCACACCCACACUGGGAAAGAGCACACUCUCAACAUCAGGAGAGAGAGAGAACAUGCCCACAUUGGUGAUGAUCACACCCACACUGGGAAAGAGCACACUCUCAACAUCAGGAGAGAGAGAGAACAUGCCCACAUUGGUGAUGAUCACACCCACACUGGGAAAGUGCACACUCUCAACAUCAGAAGAGAGAGAGAACAUGCCCACAUUGGUGAUGAUCACACCCACAAUGGGAGAGACUAUGCCAUCAGUGUCAGAAGAGACCACACCCACUCUGAAGAAGACCAUCCCCACACUGGGAAAGACUACACCGUUAAUGUUGGAAGAGAUCGCACCCACUCUGGAGAAGACCACUCCCAUACUGGCAAAGAUCACAUGGAGUCCACCACUUACCUGAGCUCGAGCACCACUUCUGUUGAUGUUGUGGACGCUGUAAGUCACCGGCUUCAGGCCACCUCAACCCACCAUACUAUCGACCCCUCCAGAGUGUCUGUCAGUGGGCCUGGUGUCAGACUGGUUUCUGUUAGCUCUCAGGCAGAGUUCACUGUCAGCACGCCUCAGCCACUACGUCAGGAGGAAGUGAAUGUCAGGAUCACAGGUCCAGGGAAGCGGUCAGUGCCAGUUGGAACUCAGACCACUGCUGGUGGGGAGGUGAUGGCAGCUUUCACACCCCUGGAUGUGGGAGAGUACAUUGUGGACGUCCGUGUUGGUGACAGCAGAGUCCCUGGGAGUCCCUUCAGGUGUUAUGUGUACAACUCGCAGGAGAUCCGUGUGGGUACCAUCCCAAAUGGCAUCGUUGGUAGACCCGUUGAGUUUGAAAUCGAUGGGUCCUCAGCGGGCUCAGGCAACCUUGAGAUCUUGGUAAACGGAGGGCACGUGACGUCUUACGUGAGGAACCUGGGUCAGCAGAGGUUCCUGGCAUCCUUUGUGCCACACUCCGCCAUCCGUCAUGCUGUUGAGAUGCGCUUCAAUGGGGAGAAGGUCCCGGGUUCGCCGUGGAGUGUGGAGGUGAUGGAGGGUAGCGGGGCCCGCGUGGCGGUGCUCGGGGACACCAUUAAACACUUCCCUGCUGGACAACUCUCGGCCUUCGACAUCUCCGCCGCCAGCGUGUCCAAGGAGGACAUCCAGGUCCAUAUAGUCAGUCCAGCCAAGCGACCAGUGUCAUACCAGUUGACUGAGAGCGGCGAGAAUGUGUACCGUGUGGCGUUCGUGACGACGGAGGUGGGGUCAUAUGUGGUGGACGUGGCGGUGGCCGGCCAGAAGGUACAGGGGUCGCCAUUUAUUGCCAAGGCGUACGAUGCGGGACUCAUCAGAGUAUCUGAUGUGCCCAAUGGCGUAGUGGGUCAGCCAUGUCAGUUUAGAGUGGACGCUUCGCAGGCAGGCGAGGGUCAACUGGAGAUCAGUAUCAACGACGGGGAGGUGCCCAACCAUGUGCAGGUGCUGGGUGGCGGACGGUGCCUCGUCUCCUUCACCCCAGACACCGCCAAGGUCCACACCAUUGACAUUAAGUUCAAUGGAGAGACGGUUCGUGGGUGUCCAUUUGUGUGUCGGGUGGCGGACACCUCUCGGGUGAGUCUCACACUUCGUCACCUCGAGCUCAUUCCUGUGGGCCAACCAGCAGCAUUUAACAUCUCUGUAGAUGGAGGCGGCUCUGCUGAACUCACCGUCACCGUUAGGACACCCAGCCACACCACUCUGCCUGUGAGGGUGUCCGGCAGUGUACGGGCGGGCUUUAUAGCAGAAUUCAAGCCAGUGGAGGUGGGUGCCCACACCAUCAUCGUCAACUACAAUGAAUCGGCUGUCUCAGGAACUCCCUUCACAUGCAAAGUUUAUGAUGCCUCCAAGGUGGGCGUGUCACAUCUGCCAAGAGGUGCCAUUGGCAAGAGCCUUCAGUUUGUGGUGGACGCAUCAGAGGCUGGUGAGGGCAAUCUGGAGAUCAGCAUCAGUGCGGCAGGCAGGAACAUCCCCACCCAGGUUCACCCUCAAGGCUCUGCAAGGUUUGCUGUGUCUUUUGUACCACUGGAAGCCAUCGACCACUCCAUUAAUAUCUCCUUCAACAAGGAGCCAGUUCAAGGCUCUCCAUUUGUGGCUAAGGUUCAGGCUGACCCCAACCGAAUUGUUGUCAGUGGACAGUCCUUAGCAGCCACAGCAGUAGGAAAGACAUCUUUCUUUACCAUCUCCAAUGUCACUGGCUCUGUGGAAGAUGUUGAGGUGUCUGUCGAAGGCCCCAAUGGACUUCCGGUGGCGGCGCAAGUCCGUGACAACGGGGACCACACCUUCAGAGUGGAAUUUGCCCCUCGAAGUGCUGGUGAGCACAGGAUCCAUGUGGCAUACAGCGGUGAGGCCAUCCCGGACUCCCCCUUCAGCUGUAAGGUGUAUGACGUAUCAGCCAUCAAGGUGCGGCCUGUAGACCGUGGCAUGGUUGCCAAACCUGUCACCUUUCUCGUGGAAACAAACAAUGCAGGUCCCGGGAAUCUGGAAGUGACUGUCAACAAUGGUCAGGUGCCCACCAGCGCCCAGGCACAGGGAAACCAUGUGUAUGCCAUUUCCUUCACACCUAAAGAAGCCAAGCCUCAUGUGGUGGAGCUAAAGUUCAAUGGUGAGAAUGUGCCUGGGUCGCCAUUCUCAUGUGAGGUUGUGGAUGUGUCACGGGUGACAGUGGCCGGGGCAGGUCUGGAGAAGGUGCCAGUAGACCAACCUGCGACCUUCACUGUUGACUCUCAGGCAAGUGUGGAUCAGCUUGAGGUAAAGGUGUUGUCACCCUCUCGUCUCAGCCUAGAACCACACGUCUCCACCAACGAUGAGGGAAAACUACUGGUCGAGUACACCCCCACAGAAGUAGGUGAUCACAGUGUGGAAGUGCGGGUGGCAGGGAUGCUGGUGCCGGGGUCACCCUUCCUGGUCAAAGCUUACGACGCCACCAAAGUCAGGGUCACAGAGGUUGCUACUGGCAUCGUUGCCAAGCCUGUUUACUUCUCUAUCGACGCAUCACAGGCAGGUGCUGGCAAUCUGGAGAUCAUUGUGUCGGUGAAUGGCCGCAAUGUGCCCAACUAUGUGCAGUCGGAAGGUCAUGCCAGGUUCCGAGUCAACUUCAAGCCCAAGGAAGCUGCCGUCCACACACUCUCAGUCAAAUUUAAUGGCUUACCUGUACCUGGGUCGCCCUUCAAGUGUCGUGUGAGUGACAGCAGUCAGGUGGUGAUCUCUGGCGCAGGACUGAAAAUGUCUUCUCUUGCGCGACCCGCAGUCAUUACUGUCGACCCCCGCAGUGCAGAUGUUACCGACUGUGUUGUCCAGGUGACCUCACCGUCAGGAGCCCACGUGCCAAUCAAGUUGUCAGGUGAGCUGCCAAACAAGGUAACAGCAGAGUUCCAACCCCUAGAGGUGGGCCCCCAUACAAUCAACGUCAUCAUGGAUGGUGAGAGUGUCGGUGGCUCACCUUUCACCUGCAACAUUUAUGAUGUCACCAAGGUGCAGGUGACUGGCCUUGAUCACACUAAGGUGAAUCGACCCGUGACGUUUACGGUGGAUGCAUCACAGGCUGGAGAGGGGACAUUGGAGCUCGUUGUGACCACUGCUAAGGCAUCUGUCAGGGCAGAAGUUGCUGCUCGAUCUCGUGGGCUCUACGACGUCACUUUCACGCCUCAUGAACCCAUCCCACACUUCGUCAACAUCACCUUCAACGAAGAGGAUGUACUUGGGUCACCGUUCAAGUGUGAUGUCCGGGAGUUGGAGCCUCGUGAGGUACGUCACCUGCAGCGUAAGGAGAGUCAGAUGGUAACAGCAAAGGGAGACGGCCUUAAGCAGGUGGUGACUGGCAGUACAGCAUCUUUCACAGUUGACACCAAGGGCCUUGAUGGUGAGCUUGACAUUCGUGUCACUGGGCCUGAUGGUGGACAGGUCCCAGCCAGGCUAGUCAAACUACGCAGUGGAUUACAUCGUGCUGAAUAUCGGGCCGAGCAGGUUGGAUCAUACAGUGUGGCAGUGCUACACCAGGGAGCUCCCAUCAGUGGCACACCCUACACUGUGGAGGCCGCUGAUCCUCGCAAGGUCAACCUUCAGCCUUCAGGAGAUUGCUUUUCCUCCCAAGAGUGUGCUCUCAAGGUGGAUGCUUCAGGUGCUGGGCGUGGGACAUUGUCAGUGGGUGUACGAGCGGCAGGUCAGGAUGUGAAGCACUCCAUCAGGGACCUAGGUGGUGGACUUUACAAGGUGCUUUUCUACCCGAGGGCUCCCAUACCUCAUAAGGUGGAUAUCCGUUACAAUGGAGUUCCUGUGCAAGGUGGGCCAUUUGAAGUAUCUGUACUUAACCCUGCCACUGGCCAUGCAGUGACAGCCACUGGCAUUGGCUUACAUCAAUCACGAGUUAAUAAACCCACAUCCUUUGUCAUUGAGACCUUGGGUCAGCCUUCAAAGGAGUUUGAUGUGUUGAUUACUGGUCCUCAAGACUGGGCUGUUCCGGUUAAAUGUUACCAACAGAAGGAUGGAAAUUUGCUGGCGGAAUACACUCCACAUAUCCCUGGAACCUACAAAAUAGAAGUACUAUGCUCAACAAAACAUGUCAAAGGCUCGCCAUUCCAGUGCACAGCUUACGAUGCCUCAAAGGUUGUAUUGGAUCACAGCAAAUUAGUAACCGCUGUUGGUGAACCUUGUUUGUUCAAAUUGGACAAGUCUGAGGCAGGCAUUGCAGACCUGGAAGUGCAAAUUGUAACACCCUCAGGAAUGUUGACCCCAUUAGAGGUGAAGAGUGGGCCAGCAGGGGAAGCUGUGGAGUGGAUCCCUGAUGCCCCAGGACAGUACAGAGUCACUUUCCUCUAUGGGGGUGAAGAGGUACCAGGGUCGCCACUGACUGUAGAGGUUGGUGAGUCGGGUCUGGCAAGUGUUAAGGGGUCAGGCCUGGAAGGUGGAGCUGUGGACACUCCGCUUACCUUCACUAUAGACGGUCGUGGCCUCCUAGGGGAGCCACAUGUCACUGUUGAUGGCCCAGACAGUGUCGCUCGUGUCAAUGUUCGCAAACAAGAUGAAGGCCUUUACCAGGUAACCUAUGUUCCUCACGAAGUGGGCAUUUUUGAUGUCCGUGUCCAGUGGAACAAGCGAGAUGUUGCUGGCAGUCCAUUCCAUCCUAAGAUUGUGGACCCAGCUCGUGUGAGGCUUAUUGGUGGCUGGUCUAGUCUACAAGACGGUGAGGGUCGUCUGGAAUUGAUACCUCGUGAAGAGAAGCGGCUGGCCUUUGACGUGAGUGAGGCUGGACCUGGACGACUCCGAGGUGAGGUAACCCACGAAGAUCAACUAAUAGAAUUAGGCAUGGAUCAGAAUGGUUCACGGGCACGCCUACUCUUCACACCACCAGAAGAAGGUUCAUAUGAACUCCGCCUGUGGUAUGCAGAUAUACCACUGCCAGACAUGCCUGUACAUGGUUGGGCUGAGCCUAUAUCUACAGGUGACCACACAAGAGUUACUCUUCGUGGCCAUGGUCUCACUACUGCUCGCUGUGGUGACCAAUCAGAUUUUGUCAUUGAUGGCUCAGCAGCUGGCCCAGGAGCACCUGAUGUGACCAUGACUGGCACUAAAACCGAUAUAUCUGUUUCAUUGACACACCAAGAGGGUGGUCUCUGGCAAGCAGUCUACACACCCAUGGUGCCUGGUGCUUACCUGCUUAAUGUGAUGUGGUCAGAUCGCCAGGUGCGUGGUUGCCCUCUCAAGAUCAAUGUGGAAAGUGUGGCAGAUGCCUCACGGGUAGUGUGCUCGGGUGAGGGCCUAAGGCAUGGGAUGGUUGGCCACGAAAUUAAGUCUUUCAUCGACACUCGACGAGCAGGGCCUGGUGAAUUGACAGUUACCUGCACAGGACCCCAAAAGGUGGCAUUAUGUGACCUUGAAGAUCAUGGUGAUGGUACUUUCACUCUCAACAUCAGACCACAGGAACCUGGGCGACACGCACUGAAUGUGAAAUAUGAGGGUGAGCAUGUACCAGGGUCGCCCUACACCCUCAAGGUUGCAGGUGCCCCCGAUCCCUCCAAGGUACGUGUUUAUGGUCCCGGUAUUGAACAUGGAGUGUUAGCUGCCUAUCAGAGCCGCUUCAUCUGUGACACACGUGGUGCGGGUGCAGGACAGCUCACUGUUAGAAUCAGAGGACCCAAAGGUGCCUUCCGUGUGGAAAUGCAGAGGGAGUCUCAGAAGGACCGGACUAUCUUGUGUAAGUAUGACCCAACGGAGCCUGGGGACUACCGCAUGGAGGUUAAAUGGUCUGGUGAGCACGUACCCGGCAGUCCCUUCAUCGUCAUGAUUUUUGACACUCAGGACGAACUCAACAAAUACAUGGCGGGUGGAUAUUCUCCGUCUGGGCCUGGUGGAGCUCCUAGUGACUACUAUGGUAGUAUUGGUUAUGGCACUUAUGGAGCAGUCAGCUUUGGACAAAUGUCAUGGCGUGGCUCUCAAGCACAACUGUGAGGGGGGCCAGGGUCCCCACCGAGCGUCGCCCCUCCCCCUAAUGCCCCAUCCAAUAAUGGCCUCAGUCCUGGCUCCUCGCCCUCACCCCCCCGUGCCACGCUGGUCACCAAUGGCAGAGUGCUCACAACCCCUCGACAGGUGAAGGCUCUGGCUAAUACCCGUCGCAGGAAAAAACACCCACCCCUUGACCCAGUUGGUCAUAGCUCCAUGCCACGACCACCUCCUUCUAUUUCUCAAAGACCAUUGCCUGUGUAUAUGUCAACAUGGGUUUGGUCCCCACACCACAAUCACUUUACAACCCUGCCAUCCCCAUCACAGAAAGGUCGUACGACCCCCCGACGUUCGAUGCCCAUGAACGACCCUGCAUACGCCGGCAUCAACCCGCACCAAUUCCGCCGGUAUCGUCUCCUCACCAGCAACUUGUAGGGUGGUGGACCCUGGUCCCUCCCAGCAGGGCUCUUGUACAUAUAGAGGUGUGAGCUUGCUCAGGUUCUCAAUGUGGACCUUAUUUUGGCUCAGUGUCCUUCAUCCACAGUUCUCAACCCAUUUCUCACAACAAGCUUCAUAAAAAUGACAAUACCUCUGCCUCCUUACACAUUGCACCCUCCCAUCAAUAAACCAUAUUUCAUCCCUUUCCUCUUACUCUUCAUUAUUGAAAUAAAUAUAUGAUUGAAAGUACAUAAAAUCAAUCACAUUUCAUACUCUCAUGUCAGCACCAACUUCAUGUUGAAGCAGUGAGCGAGGAUAGCAUGAGAGGCAACUACUGGGAUCAGGUGUGCGAGUGAAGCUCCUGCCUGCCGUCAUGAUGGGUGACGCCAGUCCAGGCCAGGCCAGGCCAGGCAUUUGCCUCGCCCCACCCUCUCACCAUGUGCCCCAAUAUCUGGUGCCAUCCCAGGAAUUUUUUACAUGAUCAUCACCCAUGCAUUUUACUCAUCUAAAAAUCAUUCUAAAGUGUAGUUGUUAUUGUUUCUAUUUUCCCUACUCUUAGUUAUUACAUAAGAAUAGAACACAUCACAGGUGUCAUAACAUCAUGGUGAUCCUUCCAUAGGUUAGGAAUAUACCUUAAGUCAUCAGAGAAUGUGAUGUUAUAUUAUUAAUAUAUUUAAUAGUGCUACUUAAUUUUUUUAACUAUUUGUAAAUGUUGAAUUAAUAAAGAAUACUAAUGACA